GCGCGCGCUCCCGGCGCCCCCCGCGGCGCUGCCCUUCACGGCGGCCCAAGAUGGCGACGGCGACGGGAAUCAUCCAAAAGCUCCGAAACUUCCUGGCGGGGCGGAACCUCCAGGAGAAGCUGGCGCUGCGCUACGGGGAGAUCGCCAAGAGGACCCAGCCGCCGCCGCGGCUCCCGGUGGGCCCCAGCCACAAGUUCGCCGAUAACUAUUACUGCGGCCGGGACGGGCGCCGCGAGUCUCUGCCGCCCGUGGUGGUGGUGGCGGCGCAGAAGACUCUGGCUGCAGGGGCACAACCCGCCAGGUAGGUCUGGCCUGGGCGGUGCUGUCGCUGCUGAGCGGGCUCAGCCCUCAUUUACACCAGGAGCGUGGUGCAGUUACCCAGGUUGGUAGAAGAACAUGGAAGUAAUUGUUUGUGUCGGUGUCUGUUUGCGAAUAAAUGAGGUGGC